AUGCCCCGUCAAAGACCUGUUGCUCGAUUACCGAGCGAGGCUCCCUCUGAAACCUCUUCCUCAACCUCACCCGAACGCGCUGCAGAUGACGACACCGACUUCUUCAUGGCUCAAGCCAACGACUCGGAAUCCUCGAUCGGAGUCGCUAACUUUCGCGACCUCCACAUGCAAAAUGACGGAUCUAUUCCCUUGCCCCCGAUCGGCCACCUCCCACCCGAGAUUCUUAUUGCGAUCUUUUCCAAACUCGUCUCUCCGGUGGACAUGCUAAAUUGCAUGCUGGUUAGCCGCACCUGGGCAGCGAACUGCGUCGGAAUAUUAUGGCAUCGACCCUCAUGCAAUAAUUGGGAUAAUCUGAAGAGCGUAGCUUCAUCCGUGGGCAACCCGGAAAGCCUCUUCAUGUACGCCGAUCUUAUCAAGCGACUCAAUCUAUCCGCAUUGACCGGUGAGGUCAGUGACGGCACCGUCGUCCCAUUUACCCAAUGCAAGCGCGUCGAGCGAUUAACGCUGACAAACUGCUCCAAACUAUCCGACAAGGGCGUUUCAGACCUCGUGGAAGGGAACCGGCACUUGCAGGCACUAGAUGUAUCAGACUUACGCCAUCUGACUGAUCACACCCUCUUUGCGGUAGCCAGGAACUGCCCUCGCCUACAAGGUCUCAAUAUUACCGGAUGCAACAAAGUAACGGAUGACUCGUUGCUCGUUAUAUCACAAAGUUGUCGUCAGAUCAAGAGACUUAAACUCAACGGUAUCGUUCAUGUCACAGAUCGAUCCAUUCUAUCAUUUGCAGAGAACUGCCCUGCGAUCCUGGAGAUCGACUUGCAUGACUGCAAGCUUGUUACUAGUCCUUCGGUCACGGCGCUGAUCAAUACCCUUCGUCAUCUUCGAGAACUGCGCCUCGCACACUGUACCGAGAUUAGUGACUCGGCAUUCUUAAACCUACCAGAGCAAAUGACAUUUGAUAGUCUACGCAUUCUUGAUCUGACAGCAUGCGAAAACGUGAAAGAUGAUGCUGUAGUGCAGAUUGUAAAUGCGGCUCCUCGUCUACGCAACCUCGUGCUGGCAAAGUGCCGCUUCAUCACAGAUCGCUCUGUGCAGGCUAUUUGUAAGCUGGGCAAGAACCUUCACUACGUCCACCUUGGCCACUGCUCCAAUAUUACAGAUGUUGCAGUUCUGCAACUAAUCAAGGCCUGCAAUCGCAUCCGCUACAUUGACCUGGCAUGCUGUAAUCGCCUGACCGACUAUAGCGUACGGCAAUUGGCUACUUUACCCAAGUUGCGACGUAUCGGCCUGGUCAAAUGUCAGUCUAUUACAGAUGAAAGUAUCAAGGCCUUUGCCUAUCCUCCUCGUUCAAAUUAUCCAUUGAUCAGCAACCUGGAGCGUGUUCAUCUCAGUUACUGCACUGGGCUGACCAUGGAUGUACGAGUCCCGGAGUUCCUUAACCCAUUAUUGACCGUGUUCUGUCGAGAAGCUCCACCUGAAUUCACGCAGCAACAACGAGAUGUCUUCUGCGUAUUCAGCGGUGACGGUGUAUCACGACUGCGGGAUUACUUGAACCGAGGUACUUCGUCAGGACCUGGGGAAACCGAAGCCACUAUGUUUGAUGAUGAUGAGGAAUUGGACGAGGACGCGGGGCAAAUGACUGGCUUGAUGGAUGCUACGGGCAUCAACGACGAAGAUUACAUCGACGUUGAGACAAUUCAAUGA